AUGGAGUUCAACUUUACAGGAUCGUCCCGGCCACAGCGACGCAUCAAUUUAGGGACUGGUACAGAAAAAUCAGCGGCAAAUCUUGCGGCACUGGCUCGCGAGCAACGCGCAAACAGGGCUCUCCAACGGCAGCAGGUAAAGUCUGCGGUACGCAUCCAAGCAGUGUACCGCCGCUAUGCUGUGGCGAAACGCGUGCGUGAAGAGUGCAUGAAAGAGUAUAUCGAAGAGAUCAAAAUACAUGACGGUCACUACACGCCACACACAUGGCGCCACCUCACCCGCCUGCUCGCUUGCUCACUGCACCGCGCCACACCGACAGAAGUGUUGGCCCGCGCGCCGAGUCUGACAGCCUGGGCACUCCAUGUAGCCCAACAUCCAUGGACUAUGGGAAUAGGCGAUGAUGAAAGCGAGAAAGAUUGGCACGCUUUGCUCGCGUGGGUCGUGCACCUUGUUUUGCACAUUCUGGUCCACCGCGCCGCGGCAAUGUCACAAGCAGACAUCCACGUGUGGAUCCAGUUCCUGAACGCGUUACUGGUGCCACAAGCAAAUGUGGAGCUACAGCAAGCACUGCUGCGGUCGAUGCUUUUCUGGGGAUUGUACCGUGCGCUGCAAGCUGCUAUGCUCGCUUUGCCAUCGGAGCAGUCGCAUACGGGACAACUGUGUGUAACGCUCAUGUUGCACCCUUUUCACCUCCUGCCCGAUGCGCCAGUCACAUUUGUGAAAGACGUGCAGAAUGCACCGCCUACUACAGACGCACGCUCCAUUGCACUGCGUGCUUUCGUCGCGAAUGGCCUCACCGUGCCGCAUCUCUUGCAGCGUGUACCCAUCGACGCUGUCGCGCAAUUCACAUCGGCCUUUCCAUUCGCACAAGUGAUGGAGCAUAUAUACGCGCUCGGAGCAUGCUACCGAACACCCGGAGCCACGGCACUUGCAAACAACCCAAUCCACUCGCCGUACUUGCUGGGCAACCUGCUUGUGCUUUGCCAAAAUCGCGUGCCUUUGCUACGUACCAGUGCAGAGCUUUCCUCUUACUUGGACGCGCUUGUCUUGCUUCAGGAUGCUUUGCCCAGCACAGCUUUUGUGGCGCCAGAGGAUACCAAUGCAAGUUCCGAGCAUGCUUCCACAACAUCGAUAACGGAAACGGACGAGCAAAACUCGCCCACUCAACACCCAACCGACGCAGCUAGCGUCAACAUUCCGCUGUGCACACUGCCGCUCGAUCCAAAUACAUACCGCAAUUUGCGCAUCGUGGUCUCCGAGGCGCACCUACAUGCUAUAAUGGCCGCAUCCGUGCGCUUUUCCCAUGCUCGCCCUGCGCUCUGCGCAUUUCUGCUCGCUGCACUACAAUCGUGGCCGAGUGCGGAGCGCGAGGUGGUGCUGAAUACGGUUUUGUACGGCUACGACUCGCACACUGCGCGAAAUGCAGCUCCAGCACAACGCCCCAGUGUAGGUUCGUUGGUGCGCGAGCUCUGGCGCGGCUGGACGCGCGCAAGUCCUUUCGCCAAGCAUCUCAGCCCGAUUAAUCCAAUCGCCCGCGUCGCUGAGACGCGUGCAGUACUCCUCAACCCUGCCUUUGCACGAGACUGGGCCAUUUUCACAGUCCUGUGCGCGCUAUACAGUCGUACACUCAUGACCAUGGGCGAUGACGAAUUUUACCCUUCGUCCAAGCUGGAUGCGGAAAACGCCGCACGGAAUCCGCUCACGCUAGACGAGCUUGUCACGAUUAGCAGUUUGCUGCGAAACAUUGCUUUUACGCUGUAUUGGCAUGAAGAUUUGCAGUAUCACGCCGAGCAUGACCUACUUCUUCCUGGCGCGCGAAGACGAUUGCCGCAUCUGCGAGCCAUGAUCACAGAACUUCUUCAGCAGCUUCACACGCGCGAUUCCCGUCGUCGCUUCACACCCGAUGCGCAUUGGCACAUGCUCAGCCAGCAGGAUCUUGCAUCCUUUAUUGAGUCCGUCGUCUGGGAAGAGCGGAGCUUAAUGGCGUCUAGUGAGGAGGAGGGGUUCAAUUUGCAAUCUCGGCGCAGUGCCACGCUUUCUGCACGCACAGUGGCAUUUAUCAACCCAAGACUUGGCGUGCUGAACAACAUUCCCUUUGUUAUUCCCUUUGAUGUGCGUGUGGAAAUAUUCCGCCACUUUGUGCGGAGCGACAGCGAGCGCCUGGGCAUCAGUCGCGACAUUUAUGCGUGGCAAAGCCAGCGCAGGGUCACGAUCCGCCGCGGCGCUAUUGCCGAAGAUGGCAUGGCACAGCUCAACGCGCUUGGCCCACAUCUCAAAGGACCGCUUCAGAUCGUAUUUGUCGACCAAUGGGGCAUGCAAGAGGAUGGCAUUGACGGCGGCGGCGUCUUUAAAGAGUUCCUUACCUCCCUUGUCCAAGAAGUAUUCCACACAGACCGCGGCUUGUGGUGUGUCAACCAGCGCCAGGAACUAUACCCAAAUCCCCACAGCUACGCGCAGCGCCCUGAGCAGCUUAAUUGGUACGCAUUUUUGGGGCGCAUCAUUGGCAAGGCAUUGUACGAAGGCAUUCUUGUCGAUGCCAAGUUUGCAAGCUUCUUUCUGGGCAAAUGGCUUGGCCACCAAAGCUACCUCGACGACCUAGCCAGCCUUGACAGCCUUGACCGUGAACUGUACAAAGGGCUGAUUGUGCUAAAAAAUUAUACGGGCAACGUGGAAAAUGACUUUGCCCUCAACUUUACCGUUACGGACGAAGAGUUUGGCGCGACACGCACCACAGAGCUUAUUCCCGGCGGUACCGACAUUUCUGUGACGCGUAGCAACCGUUUGUCGUAUAUUUAUCACGUCACGCGUUAUCGUCUCAGCAAGCAGAUCGAGCCGCAGUGUCGCGCAUUUUUCGACGGCCUCUCUGAGCUGAUCGAUCCGCGCUGGCUGCGCCUUUUGAACCGCGAAGAACUGCACGUGUUGGUAUCUGGCGCAGAGAAACCCAUCGACUUGGACAACCUACGCGAGCAUACGCUUUACGGUGGCUUUCACGAAAAGGAUCUUGCCAUCACCUUUUUCUGGGAGGCACUUGCGUCGCUCGAUCAGGACUCGCGCAGAGCAUUUCUACGCUUCGUUACUUCCUCGCCGAAUCCACCGCUGCGUGGCUUUGUGGAACUGAACCCCAAGUUUGCUAUUCGGAAUGCGGGCGACGACGUGUCGCGGUUGCCUACGGCCAGCACUUGCGUAAAUUUGCUAAAACUACCUGCCUAUACCUCGAAAGAGCAAGCACUGGAAAAACUGCGCUAUGCUAUUCACAGCCAAGCAGGCUUCGACCUAGAGUAG